AUGGACUACUCAAUCGAGAUGUUCUAUCGAGAAGCAUGGCGUGAUCCUCGGCUCCGAUACAGCAAAGCGAAGUUCAAAAAUAAGACGGAGAUCUCGCUACAUGAGAGCUAUUCGAAUUUUCUGUGGCAUCCGGACACAUUUGUACCGAAUGCGAUCGCGUCAAAGAAUCCUCGAAAGCAGAGUAUCACACACCGCUCAUUAUUACGGUAUCUUAACAUAUUUCUGAACAUCCACCUCCACUCCCACUUACAAAUAAGAUGA